AUGAAGAAACUCGUCCGCUCCAUCUCUACUCGGCGUCCCAAAUUUGGAUCUGAACUCACCACACCAACAACACCGACAUCAUCUGAUCGAGCACUGUUCUUCCUCACGUCGACGGGUAUCCUAUCACCCACAAAAUCGGACCAUGCUCACUUUUCAACACCAAGCUUAAUUCCCCCUAACACGACUCUAUACUUCCCACAAUGUCCACAUAGCACACCGCCGACACCACAACCGGCAGGGAUGGCCGUACCAUUAGCUCUCAAAGCUCAAGCAUCAGCGGCAUCAUCAGCCCCAUCCACACCAUUAUCCUCCACCCUGGACAAUUCUAUCAUCCAUUCCCCAGCAUCAAACACUUCUCACCGGGAAGAAUGGGAUCGCAUCGACAUCACCAGUCACCCAUCCGUCGCUUCACCAAUACAUGAAUCUGCCUUUCCUUCGCCUCAAUUCUUCACCUCACCAAAACGCUGCUUCGACUGUACAAUAUCCUUGGCACGCACAACGCAGAAAACAACCCAUCAAGCCUUUGACCCCAAAAUCCAAGCUGCGAGACAAGCCUUGAGAGUAGCCAUGGCCGCAGAACAAGCUGCUGACGACACCACGCCAGAUCCCGCUAGGUUGAGAGAAUGGGUCUCUCAAGCCAAAGGUCUCGUCGGGGAUUUCACCGCCCAGCGAGACGCCGAGGUUAAAGCUAUCUGGCACGAUGUCAUCAAGGCAUGGGAAGGGGGAGUGAGAGAAGUGAUUAGAGAUGAUGGGACGGGCCAGGGUUUGGAGUUGUGUAGGUUUAAAAUGGUCUAUGUUGAUGUAGAUCCUCUGGAGGAAAGUGAGGUCACCACCCAACAUACUCCGGCUACGGAUCUUGCUCAACAAGUUGGUUCGUCGUUGGAAAUUCUAGAUGGAUGGAAGGUCGAUGUUGAGUGGCAUACUCAAUGAUAUAUGAUGAGAAAAGGAAUUCGAAUCAAGUAGCAAGGCUGAACAUUUCAGAUUUCUUUGAUCGUAAUACAUCUAUCUUCCUGUC